AUGCAGCGAUUGUUUGCAUUGCUUGUUGUCGUUGUUCUUACUAAAAUUAACGGCAAUCCAGGCGAUUUUCGUCCUCCAGCAGUGCCAUUGAUUGUAUUUAGUCCUCAUAUAUCAGUUUGGUCAGCUUCGGACAACCUGACCGAUUCUGAUACCGUUCAUUGGAGUGGAUCCCCACUUCCAUUUCAUGGUUUAAUCGAUAUCGAUCAUAAUCAAACAUAUCGUUUUCUUGGAACUCUACCAUCAAAUAUUCCACCUUUAAUACAAAACAGUGUUGUUGUACUACCAUGGCGUACAAUCUAUAACUUUUCAACGCCAACGAAUUCAGUUGAACUUAUUUUAUCAUUUAGUCAGCCAACAUCAAUUGAAGAUCCGUAUACUUACAUCACAUUUGACGUUCGUACACUGGAUGAACAACGUCAUCAUGUCCAAAUUUAUUUCGAAGAAGGUUCUAUGUUAAGUAUUAAUGAUAAACAUGAAAAAAUCUAUUGGACUCGAAUCGACGAAGGUGUAACUGUAUUAACAAUGGGUGCUUACAAUCAAAUUCCAUUUGGUAUUCGUGGCGAUUCAACUCGAAAUAAUUGGGGUUAUGCGCAUUUAAUAACUUCAAAUAGAAGUACAACAAAUGGUUAUCAAGGUUUUGGUGACAAUCUUCGUCAAGCAUUUGUGAAUCAUCAAGCAAUGCCAAGUGACGAUACACGAAAACCACGUCAUGCUGAUGACCAAUCGCCUUCAUCAGUAUUCAUAAUCGAUUUAGGUCUAGCUUCAUCACAGUCCACUUCAUCAUAUUUGACCUUUCUCUACGAUGAUGUUUAUUCAAUGUUAUAUUUUCAAGAUUGGCAAAUACCAUGUUGGCGUACCGAACUUAAUAAUAGUGUAUCAGCACUUAUAGAUGAAGCUGUUCUAUAUUACAACACAAAUAUGGCUGAUGUUACUGAUUCAAAUCUAUUAUUGACUACAUUAUUAACAGAUACAGGUGGAGUACAAUAUUCAUUACUUGGUUCGCUUGUGACAAGACAAAUUACCGGCGCAAUGACACGCACAUGGUCAGAUAAACAUAAUCGUCCACAAUUAUAUAUGAAAGAAAUUUCAUCCGAUGGUGAUGUUAGUACAGUUGAUGUUAUUUUCCCAUCAUCGCCAUUCUUUCUUUGGUUACAUCCUGAAAUGUUACGUGACGUUCUUAUACCUGUUCUUGCUUAUGCUAAUAAUGAAACAAGUAUUGAUUAUAACCUAGCAUGGGCUCCACAUCAUUUAGGAACAUGGCCAGUUUGUGAUAUAUUUCCUGAUGAACAAGAACAAAUGCCUAUGGAAGAAUCUGCAAAUAUGUUAUUGAUGCUUGCUGGAGUAGUACAAAGACUUGCAAAAUCUGAUUUCCUUGACCCCUAUUGGAAUACGAUGGAAAUAUGGGCACAAUAUCUGAAUAGUACAUUACCAGAUCCAGGAAAUCAACUUUGUACCGAUGAUUUCGAAGGACCAUCACCACAUAAUUGUAAUUUAGCAUUGAAAGGUAUAUUAGGAUUAGGUGCUUAUGCCAUUCUCUUGAAUUCAACGGGGCAAACACAGCGUGCUACGAUCUAUAUGAAUCAAGCACAAGCUCAUGCAAAUUAUUGGUUGUCAGCUGCACGUGAUGCUGAAAAUUAUCGUCUUCAAUAUAAUUUACCAAAUACUUGGUCACAAAAAUAUAAUCUUAUCUAUCAAAAAAUUUUAUCAUUGAACUUAUUUCCAUCCGAUGUUGCUCAAAUAGAAUCAAAUUAUUACAUGUCAAAAAUGCUUGAUUUUGGUAUUCCACUUGAUUCACGUUCAGCAUUGACCAAGGCUGAUUGGACAUCAUGGAUAGCUACAUUUAAUAAUAAUGAAGAACAAGAGAAUCAAAUAUUCAGUAAAUUAUAUAAAUUCGCACAUGAAUCACCUGACCGUGUACCAUUGAGUGAUUUCUAUGACGCAUCGAAUGGUCAUGUACUAGGUUUUCGUGCACGGCCAGUUAUGGGCGGAUUGUUUGCUCGAGUGUUAUUAGAUAAUCCGCUUAUAGAGAAUAUUUAUACUAAAUCGAAAAGGCCUCUGCAACGUCAUGGACGAAUCAACAAAUGCGAUAUAUCAUAA